CACACUGGUUAUAACCUGCUUCAGGGCUUCGACAGGCCAGCCGGAGAGGAGUAUAUCCGUCCGGUCCUUCCCUCAUGGUGCUCGGUGCAUGUGCCUAUUGUGGAGUCGCUCGCGUGUGGAUAAAUGUCUCUCCACUGGAUCGUGAUGAUAUGACCGUAAAACCUUUAUUAACAGCGCAGAGAAUAAGGCUGGACUAUGGAUUUGGACACUGGAUACACACUCGUGUCGUGUUUCGUUAACAUCCACAGCGCGCCACGCGUUUCUGGUUACAGGAGGUGUGCCGUUAGUGAACGUGUGGUGCAGCAGGCCAGUCUUGGCGACAUGGUGAAGGUCCAGAAGUCCACUAGGAGGAAGAGCUCUCACUGUCCCCGCAGACUGGAGACAGGUGGUCAGACAGAGAUGGAGGAGGUCCAGCCCCAGUCAGGCACCGAGCCUCCACCACAGGAGGAGCCCCGAGUGGAAGAUCCGUCCUCCGAUGAAGCCCAUCUCCAAACCUCUGCUUUAGUUUUGCCGUCGGAGAGCUUGGACCAGAAGGAAACUCAGAUGGACGUUGAAGAAAAGGGAGACUCUGCUGCCCAGCUCCAGGCCAAGCCGCUGUGGAAGCCCAUUCCCCCUCUGCUGCCCGAGCCCCGCAGGAGCAGCACAUCUGAGACCAGGGACCAGAGCUGCCAGACUGAGGAGCAGCUUCAGCAGACCAGCGCAGGCAGCCACGGUCAUAACACAGGUCUCUGUGUGGAGCCCGGAGAUCCUCCUCUGCUCCAGCAGCCUCUGCAGACCUCCAAGUCCGGGAUUCAGCAGAUAAUUGAGUGCUUCCGUUCAGGCACGAGUCAGCUGAAGCACAUGCUGCUGAGGGAGGUGGAUACCAUCUUUGAGUGUAAAGUGUGUCGCAGUCUGUUCAGAGGCCUGCCCAACCUCAUCACGCACAAAGAGUACUACUGCCUAUCACGGCUGCCGGAGCCCGACGGUUCGUCAGGUGACGACAGACAGAGUGUAGCCAUGAAGGAUUUAUUGGACGCCAUAUAUCCCAGAGUCCCAGACUACGUAGUCAGACUGGAGCCCAUUCAAACUACUACCAAGGCCGUGUUCCAGUACCUCACCACAGAGGAGGAGCUGGCCAGAUAUCCAUCGCACACACCAAGUGCCAGAGAAAGUCCUGUAGCAUGGGAAGGCGAACAAAUGGAGGGUGUGGACACCAACCAGACGAGCCAGCCGGGAGGAUCAGAGAACCACAGCAGCCCGGGACACAAUCAGGGACAGAGGAGAUGGGAGGCUGAGGAGGAGGCUAAAGAGGAGCAGCCACAGCAUGAAGACGAGGGUUCCACUAGUGGGGUUGAGGACGUGACAAUCUCCUGUUGUCUGUGCGGUCAGGACUUCAACUCACGCCGGAGCAUCAGACGCCACUGCCGCAAAAUGCACCAGACCAAACUGGAAGAGCUUCGAAAGUUCACAGAGACACGUACAGUGCCCACAAGCCUGCUCUCUAUGGUGAAAGGUCGGCCAAGGACUCUCAGCACACCGACUGGAAAAUCCUGCCCAGUGUGCCUCAAAACCUUCGCCACCAAAGCCAAUGUACGCCGUCACUUUGACGAGGUGCAUCGCGGUCUACGGAGGGACACCAUCACACCCAGCAUUGCCUCGCGGCCUGGCCAGCCCUUCUCUCUGGAGGUCACACCCCCCAGGAAGAGCAACAAUGCCUCUCCAACCCGUGCCCCCAACUCCAAGCCCACCCCUGUGAACACUAAACCGACGCCUUCAAACCAAAACCAGCCCAAACCUCAGAGUCCGGCCUCGAACUCUCAACAGGCAACCACAGCCUCGUGUCGCUGCACGCUCUGCAAGAGGAACUACAGCUCUCAGCUCAUGUUGAAGAGACACAUGCGUAUUGUCCACAAAAUAUACAGCAUCAAAAGUAACAGGCCCUCUACCACUCCAGCCCCCUCUACUCCAGCACCGACUCCUAACAGCACUAACAUAGGCACAAGCAACAGUGUCAGAGUAAAAGAGGAAGCAGUGGAGCACUCAGAAGAAGAAGACGAUGAGGAGGAGGAGGAGGAGGAUAUUGACAGCAGUCCAGCCCCGUCACCCAGUGACAGCACUGGGACAGCUAAAGGUGUUCCUGUGGCACAAAGCCCCAUGAAGGUGAAGGAGGAGGAGGCCCCAUCGAGCCCGAAGAUGACGGCAUCCUUUCCUCCGUCAUCCUCGCGCGGUGGCAACAUGUGUAGCGGGAGCCUGCCUGCCAAAAUGACCAAACUGUCAGUUGGUUUUGACUUCAAACAGCUCUUCUGCAAACUGUGCAAGCGACAGUUCAGCUCACGUCAGAACUUGACAAAGCACAUUGAGCUGCACACAGACGGCAACGACAUCUUCAUUAAGUUCUACCGCUGCCCUCUCUGCCGCUACGAGUCACGCCGCAAACGCGACGUCCUGCGCCAUGUGACUGUGGUCCACAAGAAGUCGUCUGCCUACCUCGCCAAGAUCAUGCCCAAACUGGAGAGCAGGGCGGUGAAGAGGCUAGCUGAGGUAGUCCUCAACAGUUCCACCCCCACCAAGAGGACAAGUAGUGGCGCCAAAGAGGAAGUGAACGGACGUCACGCUUCUUCAUCCUCCUCUUCCUCUUCUCCCUCAACUCCUAUCACUCGCAAGCAAGAGUGCUCCACAUCUGCCCCAACCACCUUAUCAGCCACCUCCUCCUCCUCCUCCUCCUCGGCCCCGCCUCCUGCUGCUGUCACUCGGAAACAGCUGGACCUCUCGUCACCAGCUUUCAUCCCGUCCCCUCCUGUCACCCGCAAGCAGGAGAGACAGCAGACCCACCCGCCUCGUCCCAUCAGCCCCCCGCUGACCCGCCGCAGUGAAAAACACACACAUCAACGCAACUCCUCCUCCACCACCACCAGCUCGGCCAGCAAUCAAACCCCACAUACCCGACGACACGACACUCAGUCGGAGAGCAGCGGCACGGGGUCGUCGUCCUCCACUGAAGUCAGAGUGACCAAGAACUUCUCCCUGCACGCCUGCGACCAGUGUGGACGAGCCUUUGCCAAGAAGCUGUACCUAGAGUCUCACAAGCGAAGUCACCGUAAUGCAGCGACGGCAGCAGCCAGCCGGAGGAAAGGAGUCAGCACCCGCUCCAAAUCCCUGGUCUGGUGAAACACACAUACUUCCACCGAGGAUAACAGACGAGCGAGCCUCUAACAAUGAAGAAGCGAAUCAAAACGUUCAAUUGGGAAUAUAAUGGAUGAACGGAACGAGCACGGUGCAGAGAUGAAGGAAACAAACCAAGAAAGGAACAAUGGAGCACGACAGAGGAAUGAAGUACAAAGGAUUUCCACCUUUUGCUUACGAACCACAUAUAUUGUUGGAAUCUGACAUUGUUUGUUUGUAUAGUUUCAAUAUGAAGCCAGCCAGCUUGCUGGACGGUGGCGCUGCUAUCCACGGAGAGACUGUAGGAACGGAAGAAUAACCACCACUGCAUACAUCUAUAUUUACUUACAACUGUAUGUAAGUAUAGAUCCAAAUGCAGAUGGCUGAUUCGUACUGCUUUGCUCUCAUAAGCAAAAGGAUGAAGGUACACUAUGGAAGUGUGUGUGCGUGUGUGUGUGCGUGUGUUUGCGGGUGUGCGAGCAUUUGUGAGAAAGACAGGGAAUCAGGACUGGAUCCACGGAAAAAAGACUGGAAACUUUUUUUUUUUUUUUUGUAGAAAGCAUAAUUUGAUUGGACCCUCGCAGUCCCACACAGAUAUACAAAACAUAUUUGGGUCCUUGGCUGUAAGCAUUUUAUUCCUUUUCUGUAUAUUCACACCUUACUAAGUGUUUCUAGGGUGUUUACAAGUUGAUAUAUUCAAGACCACUUGACAAUUCAAUGCUACGGCAGAUAACAGAUGAUACAUUUUUUCCUUCACCUGCAUUUUCUCAACAUGAUUCCACUGAUAGUUGGAGCACAGUUGCUUCCUGCUAUCUAAAGGCACACACACACCAAACCGACAGCAGAGAACUAGUAGCCAUGAAGGCCAAGUGUUGCGUCGCCUGAUGUUGCCUGUGUCUCGGCCAAAAAGUUGCCAACCAGCACAUUCGUUCUGCGCCUGUAUGAGAGGCAGUAAUUUUCCAUACCAGUCGGCGGCGUAUUUGUCAUUCAAAAAGGGAAACCAGAAGUUUGACUGGAUGUAUUGAAGAAGCUAGUUAGCCAGUUAGCACAUUAACAACACAACCCGAUGUUGAAAGAACAAAGGAUAUUUACUGUGUGCCAGCGAACAAUAACAAACAGCUAUAAACCGUUUCUACUAAAGAGCACAAUCGCUAAAACAGUAAUCUUACCUAAUAUAACAAGACUUCAGAUGUUUACUUUCCUCACUUCUGUGUUUCUUCUCAUACACUGAGCUCAACUGCCAAACAGAGUGAUUUAUUCACCAACCAUCUCUGACACCAACUCAAUAUGUUGAAUCAGCCACAAAAAAGACGAUAAGGGCCGACUAGUGCCAACGGUGCACGACAUGCUGCGAAAAGUAGGGAGACGGACGGCCUGACGUUUAUCAAAGGCUGCCUGUUGGCUUGGUGUGUCAGGGGCCCUGCAGAGCCAUUUCCACCUAUCAUUCUUCAUAAGAUUAGCUGCCUGCCUUACAGUUGAAAAUUACCUUUAUGUUCUCAUGUAAAUGUUGCGACUGAGAGUUGUAAUAUUAUUCAUGUACACAGUCUAUAGACUGAUUAAUUUGUAUCUGCUCUACAGUGACCAACAGCAGCUUGGGUAAAUUGUUCAUUAAUUACAGGGUACAGACACAGUAAGGGAAGCCCUGAAGUAUAUGUUUUAGUUUUCCUUGAAAAUUGUGUGUUUGCUUUUUUAGAAAACAACCGAAAAACUGUUAUCAGUUUCUCAGAGAUCAAUUCUGUUUUCUCACGUGUUGCUGUUAAGUUCUGCCUUUUAUGUGUGACUGCAUGUAAAAAAAACCCAUUGGUUAAGGGUGUGUCCUUCACUCUGACCGUAUCUUGUUUUACCUCCAUGUAUUAGCUGACUUAUUUGUCCUAGUAAUUGCCUGGUUGUAAGAAAGCAGUCAAGCUUUGUGAGGCAAGACCUCAAUGAGAGACUAUUUAUACCUGGUAUUGACAUACGCUCCAGUGAUCCCAACACAAGUGGACAGCCGAGACACUUUGCCGUUCAUGCGUGUCUGUCUUGUGUCUUCAGUUGACUGCUUGUUUGGAUUUCAUUACUGCCCUGCACGCAGCUAUUACAUCCGUAUUCUCAACACUCAUGUUAGCUUCUGUCUGUACAGAUGGAGAUAUCGCUGUCAGCAGAAAUGAUGGACGUUCAUGAAUCACUUCAUCUAACUUUUGGAAAAAUGGGCAAGUUAGAGACUGCUGUCACCAAAAUAGCCACCACGUCCUGCAUUAAUGACGUAGUCAUUGUCGGGGAUGUAUUAGGAUACAUUUGUGUUCGGCCCUGAUCACACAGAAAGUGUUUUAGCAGCUGGAGGUGCCUAUUUGUAAUUAUUUUUAAUGAGAAUGAAGCUUUUUGCUUGCAGUUUUUGCGUUGCAACGUUCCUCGCGUGUCUGCCCUCUAAGCGCCUGAUGUUUUUGCCGGAGCGCUCUGAACUCCUCGAAUUGAAAAAACUUCAACUCAAAGCAGAAAAACGCUCCAUGUCUCCUUUUUUCGUCACAUUUUUUUCCAUUGUCCGAUCGGAUGAUUUGAGAGGCGGGCCUUCUGUGGUGGUCACGACAAAAAGUUUAUCGUUG